AUGGAAAAAGGACAACAUGGAGAGCAAAUCCCAAAUGCAAGAAACCUCUUUUUGUCUCGACGUGAUGAGGGGAAGGAAAAGAUUGAGGGGUUAGAAAUUCAAAAUGCACGGGAAAGACGGAAAAGGAAAGUCAGGAAAAAGAAAGUGGCUUUGCGUGCGAAGAUGAAAAAGAAGAGAAAGGCAAUCGUGUCAGUGAUUGAAAACAAAAUUUUGAUGGAUGGAGAUGGAGCAAUGGAGCAAGCAGGGGUAUCACCUACCAAUUAUUUGGAAACAAAUCAAAGAAUAGCAGAUAAAAUAUACUCCACACUCCUCUCUAC